AUGGCCCAACAUCAGGGCAAUGUGUUGAAUGGGGACUCUGCUGAGCCAGUAGUUCGAACACUCAGAGACUAUUCUACUGUCCAGUUUGGUGAACUCCCUACUGAGGACCCCAAUACAUACAUAGCCAAUUUCCUGGAGUUGUGUGGAACUUUUAAAUAUAAUAGGGUCAUCGACGAUGCUAUUAGACUGAGAUUGUUCCCGUUCUCACUACGGGAUAGAGCUAAAAGUUGGUUUAAAUCUCUUCAAGCUAAUUCAAUUACUACAUGGGAGGCAUUAGCUUUGAAAUUUCUUGCUAAAUUUUUCCGUCCAUCCAAGGCUGCACAGUUAAGAGGGGAAAUUAAUAACUUCUCUCAAUUUGAUGGAGAGUCUCUUUAUGAUGUAUGGGAGAGGUUUAAGGAGCUUUUGAGGAAGUGUCCUCAUCAUGGGAUUGAACAAUGGAUGUUAGUCCAUAAUUUUUACAAUGAAAUGGCCAUGAAUAACUAUCAGUGGCCUAGUGAACGGGAUAGAAAUAAGAAGGUAGUUGGUAUGCAUGAGUUGGAUGCUAUUACUGCUCUCAUUGCUCCUGUUGCAUCAUUGACCAAGCAACUGCAAAAAAAUUCUAUGGCCACUCAAGCGAAUAUGAUGGAAAAUUUCAAUAGGCAAGCUAAUUAUCCAUUCUCCAACCUGUUCAACCAAGGGUGGAGAAAUCAGCCUAAUUUUGCAUGGAGAAAUAAUCAGGGUCCUCAAGAAAUUCAGCACCCUAUGAUUCAAGCUCCAUCUCAUGCACCGUUACAACCACCGGUACUACCUGUUUCUCAAGAGAAGAUAAAUGAGUUACAAGCUGCACUGUUAACUCUGACCAACUCUCAAUCUCAAUUUAUGACAGAAACUUGCUCAUCCAUCAGGAAUCUUGAGAUGCAAGUUGGUCAGUUGACAAAUAUGUUACAAAGUAGGCCUCAAGGAAAUUUCCCAAGUAAUACAGAGGUGAAUCCUAAAGAGCAGUGUAAUGCAAUCUCUUUGAGGAGUGAGACGAAGUUGGAAGAGCCAUUUAAGAAGUCUAUACCUAUACCAAUAGUUGAAGCUGAGAAUGAGGGUAAGGUAGAAGAAGAGGUUAUUGCCAACCUUAAGAAGAAGCAGUCACCUGUGAGCUAUGAGCACCACAUCAAGAUUCCAUAUCCUCAGCGAAUUCAAAAGAAGACCCUUGACAAGUAG